AUUUCUCAAAUAAAAAAAAAUAUAAAAAAACCUCCAGUAAACUCUAUUCCAGCUAAUUCCUGUAACCUUUCUUCUUCCCAAAGGUCCGAAGAACUCAACGAUACACACUGUGGAAUCGGAUUCGAACAUCACAAAAUACACAGUAACUCUCUGAAUUCUUCAAUACUCAUUUCGUAUUUAUCUCUUUACACCAUGAUGACAUCACCCAAAAAGCCACCACCAGAAUCCGACCGUACACUCACGGCGAUCAUGCACCAACCGGCAUCUCCUCGUUUCCAUUUAGGAACUCCCACUUCCGGAGCUAACCGGAAGGUCGCUAUCGCCGUCGAUCUUAGCGAUGAAAGUGCUUAUGCCGUCAAAUGGGCUGUGCAAAAUUACCUCCGACCAGGUGACGCCGUUAUUCUCCUUCACGUCCGUCCAACUUCGGUACUUUAUGGAGCUGAUUGGGGUGCUAUUGAUGUUUCUGUUGACACUGAAAAUGAAGAAUCACAGCGGAAGCUGGAAGAUGAUUUUGAUAAUUUCACAACUACGAAAUCUAAUGAUUUAGCUCAGCCACUUGUGGAGGCUAAUAUUCCAUUCAAGAUUCAUAUUGUGAAGGAUCAUGAUAUGAAGGAAAGGUUGUGUUUGGAAGUUGAGAGGUUGGGUUUGAGUGCUGUUAUUAUGGGGAGUAGAGGGUUUGGUGCAUCAAGGCGUAGCCCUAAAGGAGGGAUGCUUGGUAGUGUGAGUGAUUACUGUGUGCAUCAUUGUGUUUGCCCUGUUGUUGUUGUUAGAUAUCCUGAUGAUAAAGAUGCUACUAGUGGCAAUGACUCGGUCACAGAUGUGCUUCACCCUGUGCCUGAGGAGGAGCCUAUAUACCAUGAUGCCUCCGAUAAAACUGCAGUAAGGUGACUUUGAUUCCACCAUUCAACUUGAAAACAAUGCUUCUUCAGCACUGACAAUCUAGCAUAGGCUUUGGAUGUACUCUUGCUGAAAACCAGGUUUUUGACCCCUUUCUGGUAUGAACCUUGACAUCAUGUGAUCUCCAUGAAUUGUGUUAGUUUCCAGCUCCUGAAUUUGUUACUUCUUGCAUGGUUCAUUUUUCUGACAAGUGAGAGGUGUAGUGGGUUUGACACUCAUUCCUAUUUCUGUAAUAAAAGAUUUGUAGCUGAUGCUCUAUCUGGUUUUUUAGCGCACCACCAAGUGUUCUGCAAGGUCACCAUGCAGAUAAAGUUUGGAAUGCUUGAACUUCACAAUCUUAAAUAUGUCAGAUAACUUACAAUAGGCUUCGAAGGAAUAGUGUCCAUGUGUUACAAAUUGAACCCUUGGAAGUAUUAAAACGGCACUUCUCAUU